AUGACUGGGAAUCUUCCAGCUGCCCCAGCGGCACGAGGCAACCCAGCUACCCCUACCAGUUCACCAAAUGCCACGGCUACCCCGGAGCCUGGCCAGGAACAAUCUGAAGGACACAACACCAAGAAGUUUAUGAGUGAGCUGCGACACAUACACAUGCCAUCAUGGGCUGUUGCGGCCCUGUGCAUUGUGAGCUUGUGUCUGGCGCUGUCAUGUGCCGUGUGUGUGUGGAAGAAGUGCCUGAAAAAGAAGGACAAGGACAAAGAAAAGGACAAGAAAAAGGGAAAAGAGAAGGGCAAAGGAGGCUUUGACACUGAAAUGGAUGGAGGUUACAAAGAGCCUUUGAAGGAUGAAGGUAACAAAGAAACGGAGCUGUCAGAUAACGAGCCCAAGGAGGAAGAGAAGCUGGGCAGGCUACAUUUCUCAUUAGACUACAACUUCACAGAGAACACGCUGGUAGUAGGUAUUCUGGAGGCCACUGAGCUUCCUGCCAUGGAUGUAGGAGGCAGCUCUGACCCUUACGUUAAACUCUACCUGCUCCCGGACAAAAAGAAAAAGUUUGAGACCAAAGUCCACAGGAAGACCCUCGAGCCGAAAUUCAAUGAGACGUUCACGUUUAAGGCACCAUACACCGAGCUGGGCGGCAAAACUCUGGUGAUGACAGUGUAUGACUUUGAUCGUUUCUCGAAACACGACGCUAUAGGAGCCGUGAGGGUGCCGAUGAGCAGCGUUGACUUCAGCCAGUCUCUUCAGGAGUGGAGGGACCUGCAGAAGGCAGAGAAGGAGGAGAGUGAGCGCCUUGGGGAUAUAUGCCUAUCCCUGAGGUAUGUGCCAACUGCUGGGAAGCUGACAGUGGUGGUUUUGGAGGCUAAAAACCUGAAGAAAAUGGAUGUAGGUGGUUUGUCAGACCCCUAUGUGAAGAUACACUUGAUGCAGAAUGGGAAAAGACUAAAGAAGAAGAAGACAAGCAUAAAGAAGAACACUCUGAACCCUUAUUACAAUGAGUCCUUCAGCUUUGAAGUGCCAUGUGAACAAAUAGAGAAGGUGCAGGUGGCAGUGACCGUAUUGGACUACGAUAAAAUUGGCAAGAAUGAUGCCAUUGGGAAGGUACUGCUGGGCGGUACCAGCACUGGCACUGAGCUACGCCAUUGGUCGGACAUGCUGGCCAACCCCCGGCGACCAAUCGCCCAGUGGCACGGCCUGAAACCGGAGGAUGAGGUCAACGCUCUGAUGUCCAACAAGAAAUGA